UGGGAGAGGUUCCGCUGCAACGUGGACUGCCGGACGGAUCCCCGCAACUGCAUCAGUGAGAAACUCUUCUUCGAGAUGGCAGACCGGCUGGCAGAGGAUGGCUGGAGGGAGCUGGGAUACAAGUACCUCAGCAUUGAUGACUGCUGGUCGGCCAAGAAGCGAGACGCGGCAGGACGACUGGUUCCUGACCCUGAAAGGUUUCCCAGUGGAAUUAAGGCUCUAGCUGACUAUGUCCAUGCCAAGGGCUUGAAGCUGGGCAUUUAUGGCGAUCUGGGCACCUUCACCUGUGGGGGCUACCCGGGCACUACGCUGGACCACGUGAAGCAGGAUGCCCAGACGUUUGCAGAGUGGGGUGUGGACCUGCUGAAGCUGGAUGGGUGCUACUCAUCAGGAGAGGAGCAAGCAAAGGGCUACCCAGCAAUGGCAAGGGCCUUGAACGCCACAGGCCGCCCCAUUGUCUACUCCUGCAGCUGGCCAGCAUAUCAGGGGGGGCUCCCCCCCAAGGUGAACUACACCCUUCUGGCAGAGAUCUGCAACAUGUGGCGUAAUUAUGACGACAUCCAGGACUCCUGGAACAGUGUACUUUCCAUCGUGGACUGGUUCUUCACAAACCAGGAUGUGCUGCAGCCAGCAGCUGGCCCUGGUCACUGGAAUGACCCAGACAUGCUCAUCAUUGGAAAUUUUGGCCUCAGCUACGAGCAGUCACGCUCCCAAAUGGCCUUAUGGACAGUGAUGGCAGCUCCGCUUCUCAUGUCCACGGAUCUCCGCACCAUCUCCCCGAGCGCCAAGGAGAUCCUGCAGAACCGCCUGAUGAUCCACAUCAACCAGGACCCCCUGGGAAUCCAGGGGCGCAGGAUUGUCAAGGAGAAAUCCAACAUUGAGGUGUUUCUGCGCCCAUUGUCCCAGGCUGCCAGCGCCCUUGUGUUCUUCAGCCGGAGGACAGAUAUGCCCUUCCGCUACACCACCAGCCUGACCAAGCUCGGCUUCUCUGCGGGUGCUGUGUAUGAGGUACAAGAUGUGUACAGUGGGAAGAUCAUCAGUGGCUUAAAGACAGAAGACAACUUCUCAGUCAUUAUUAACCCGUCAGGGGUGGUGAUGUGGUACCUCCGUCCCACGCUACUCCCAGUACAACCUUUGCAUGCCAGACAGCAAGGCCUUGGUGAGGGUUUCCACCCAGUCCUGUGA